AUGGGCGCAUCAAUUUGGGGAGCUAUAGGGCUGUCAGCAUUCUACACUGUGGUAUGGGCUCUGAAUGUUCUCGGAUGGCGCACUGCGCGUAUCCGCUACGCCCACCCCAACCUCCCCUCCCGUCUCUCCCAACGCUCGCCAUCCGCUACCCCGGGCGUGACCAUCAUCCGCCCUCUAUGCGGGCUCGACCAAAACCUGUACAACACGCUCGAAAGCGUCAUGAAGAUACAGUAUCCCAAGUUCGAAGUCAUAUUUGCGCUGCAGAGCGAGCAGGAUGAGGCGUUGCCGGUGGUCAGGAUGAUCAUGGAAAAGUAUCCCGAUGUGGACGCAAGAGUCGUCAUAAACUCGAUUGUGGUCGGCGUCAAUCCCAAAGUCAACAACCUCAUGACACCUUUCCGAGAUGCCAAAUACGACCUCCUCUGGGUUCUCGACUCGACAUGCUCUGUCGUUCCCGAUACUCUAGGCCGCUCAAUCGAAGCAUUCUUCUCCGAUCCCAGCUCAAAUUCGCCUUUGGCGACUUAUGAUCCCGAGGCUUCGCCCCUCUUGUCGAUAGCCGAUGAUGUGAGGAAGCCUCCUGUGGCUGGAGAAGUUGGCCUGGUUCAUCAGGUGCCGCUUGCCGUGUGUUAUCAAAAGACUUGGGGGAGUCUGAUAGAGCAGGCGUAUCUGAACACGACACAUUCCAAGAUGUACUUGGCUAUCAACGCCGUCUCAAUCGACUCCUGCGUUGUCGGCAAAUCCUGCAUCUACUCUCGUGACAACAUUUCCAAUCUCACCUCCCCGGCUCCAUCUCUGCGGACACUUUCCAAUCCUCCAAAAGGCUUGGAAGGGUUCGGCCCCUAUCUCGCAGAAGACAACAUGAUCGGCCUUUCCCUCUGGCAUGAGCUAAAGCUCAAGCAUGCUAUGACUUCGGAUGUCGUCCUCGACUUUCUGGGCGCAUUGACAGUCACAGACUACAUCAAUCGAAGAGUCAGAUGGCUGAGGGUGCGGAAAAAGAUGACUCCCAUCGUGGUCACGCUCCUAGAGCCAGCAACAGAGUCCAUCGUCGCGGGCCUGUACGGCUCAUGGGCCAUCUCUACUUUGCUCGAUGGUAACAUGUUUCCUAUAUUCCUGGUGCACAUGGCUAUCUGGCUGGGGAUCGAUCUGUCGACAAAGGCAGCGCUCGAGACGAAUGUAAAGCAUAUAGGACCUCCGGGGAGCCGGGUGACUUUCUUGAUGGCGUGGGCUGCACGGGAGUGUUUGGCUCUCCCCAUCUGGCUCAUGUCUAUGACGAGUGCGGAAGUUGUCUGGAGAGGCAACAAGUAUAGGAUCGUGGAUUCAGGCGAGGCAGUAAAGCUGAGUUGA